AUGGAUCCCUCACCUCCAGAAUACAGUGGGGAUCUCCUGUGCGGGUCACCAGAAUAUUCUCCCUGCAUAUCCGAGGGAGAGGUGCUUCUCUACGCCUCUUGUCCGACCCGCCGAAGCGAAGGACCCUCGCCCACUGGCGUCUACACCAAGGUGUUCGAUUCGACCAACGUCACCUUGUUCAACCAGGGAGACGAGCCUUCCUAUGACAGACAGGGAAAUGUGCAGGGUUCUGUCGCCAUCCUCAAGUGUCGAGAACGCGUGCAGAAAGUCGAAGCCCUCCUCGAGGGAUGGAUAGAAACCAGGUCUCUCGAUGCAGGUGCUUCCGAAACGGCAAUAUUCAAGCACGAAGCUACCCUUUGGGACGCUGCCGAGUCGACGACGCAGCAGUCAUCCUGUCCAGACGCUCUGGACUUCUCAUUCACGUUCCCCUCCACCUUUCACGACGGCAAAGAGACAUCUCCCCUCCCCCCAUCUUAUUCGUCGGCUUUCUUCGGGAUGUCGGACCUCAAUGCCCGGUGCACCUACCAAUUGCGGAUCGUCAUCACUCGCCGUGCCAAGACACUGAAACUAUUCACGAAAGCCCAGGUGCUGACUCUACAUGUGAACUACCACCCGCGCACAACAACCUCGAACGGCGUCUGCGCAAUGCAAAACUCUGCGCUGGCCGACAUCAAACUCGCUCCCCAGCCGUGGUCGCAGCACUCGUUCUCGGGCGAAUCCUCUUUCCCAAUCCAAUGCGAAUUUUUCAUGCCGGCUCUGAAGGUCUUUGGGAUCGGGGACAUCAUCCCCUUCCAUAUCCAGAUCUCGUCCCGAUCCCCGUCUCUGCAACAUCUCCUCCACAACCACCAGCAGCAGCAGCAGCAGCAGCAGCCGGCUUCGAGCAGGUCACCAACAACAACCCAUCCCCUGAUUCGCAUCUAUCUCAAACGCGUAGCGACUGUGACCUACCGCGACAAAUCCGUGUCGCGGUUCCAAGUCAUCGGGAAAGGCGACGUCCCGCCGCUGCCGGUCACCACGGACUCUGAGCCGGAGCUCAGCUUCAGCAUCAGUGGGACUGUGUGCUGUACGGACGACAUUAUCCAGGUGGGGGGAUUCCACGCCGCGAACCUGUCUGUCCAUGACUAUCUGGUGGUCGAGAUUGCCCCGGGAGAUGCGUGCCAUCCCAUUCGAUGUCAGAUCCCCGUUCGAUUCGUCAUGGACUCCUUCCGUGAGGAAUAGGCUUCGACGAAAUAUGCUAUCAUUCGAAUAGAGAUGCCCAUGGACUAUGUAAUAGACUCAAAGCUACUGUAAAUGAUUCGGCAAUUCUUACUGUAAUGAUGCAUUUCAACUUGAUCUGAUCUG